CUUAUCUAUUCUACUCCAACAUCCAUCAUCCUUUUUGGUUUUUGUUUCUCACUGUCUAUUGCUCAUCAGGAUGGGUUCUUCCCAGGGACCGACGAAAAAGCGGUGGUGGUGGAACCUGUCCCUUGUAGGACUACUCUCCCUCGCCUCCCUCCCCAAUCCCGCCUCCGCUUGGGAGCCUGUCCACUUCGGUCUACGUCCACAGAUCCCUCUGGGGAAACCAGCAUCGGAGCCUCCUAAUCUUGAAUUUAACUUACGCCACAUCUUCCAUCGCGGCAUCAAUGAGCAUCUAGAUCUCCAUCGGCGUUUGGAUAUCCAACCACAUACUCGUCUUUUGCAGGUUUCAGAGGAUGGGGAGGAACAAGGACCCGCGGACCUGGAAGCCCCCCUGGUGGCCUCGUCGCAUCCGGUCACCAUCGAACGCCUGGUGAAUCGACACCCUUCCGUCAUCGAGGACUACCUGGCGGCCGCAAGGUCGGGAGAAGCAGCGGUGGCCUUGUCGCCAUCUGACUGGACGAUGGAUACCCUUGAUGGCCCAAAAGUGACCGAUAAGAGGAGUGUGCUCACCCUUGCCCGGAUGACGGCCAAUGACUACGUGGAGGUGCCCGGCAACACCGACUGGCAGGACAUCCAUGGCCGCUUCAACUACUCGUCGAGCUUCGGCUGGAGAAAAGACGGGCUCCGUGGUCACGUUUAUGCGGACAAGACGAACAGCACGAUCGUCAUUUCGCUCAAGGGGACCUCGCCCGCCCUGUUUGACGGCGCGGGGACCACCACCAACGACAAGUUGAACGACAACUUGUUCUUCAGUUGCUGCUGUGGCCAGGGGGGUUCCUAUCUCUGGCGCCAGGUCUGUGACUGCCAGACCUCGGCGUUUACCGCCAACGUGACCUGCAUUGUCGAGUCGAUGAACGAUGAGAACCGGUACUACCGCGCCGCGCUUGACCUCUACGCCAAUGUGACGGAUCUGUACCCCAAUGCCAACGUCUGGCUCACCGGUCACUCCUUGGGCGGGGCGAUGACAAGCCUCCUGGGUCUGACCUAUGGCCUUCCCGUCGUCACCUUCGAAGCCGUCCCGGAGGCGCUUCCCGCCGCCCGACUGGGCCUCCCGAGCCCGCCUGGGCACGACCCCCGACUGUCCCAGUCGCGACGGAACACCGGGGCUUACCAUUUCGGCCACACGGCCGACCCGAUCUACAUGGGCACCUGCAACGGGGUGAGUUCGGUGUGCACGUGGGGUGGCUAUGCGAUGGAGUCGGCAUGCCACACCGGCCAGAUGUGUGCCUAUGACACUGUCGGGGACAAAGGCUGGCGGGUAGCCAUCGGGACGCACCGGAUCAGAGCGGUGAUCAGCGAUGUCAUCGAGGCCUACGAUCAAGUGCCCCCCUGCGCAGCCGAGGAGGAGUGCUACGACUGCGAGCUGUGGAAAUUCUUCCGGAGUAAUGGGUCCGAGAUCACGACAACGACCAGUACCACCGCCAGCUCGACGAGCACUACGUCGACCAGCACCUCCACAUGCGAGACCCCUGGAUGGUGGGGAUGCUUGGAUGAGAGCACCACAACCACGGCCACUUCCACCACCUCGUCUUCAUCAACAUCAUCCACCACGUGCAAGACACCAGGCUGGUUCGGCUGCAACGAUCCCACCACCACCACUGAUGCUACCCCGGGCCCGCCAGUUACCACCACUCUGCCCACCUCGACCGCAACCUCCACCAGUACCUGCGAGCAUCCGGGAUGGUUCGGCUGUCGCGAUCCCACGACGCCAACCGCGACGCCAACUUCCCCUCCGACUCUGACCUCCAUUUGUGACACCCCUGGAUUCUUCUGGGGAUGCUGGGACCCCGAAACCGCAAGUCCUCCCCCCAUCACCGCACCACCUUGAUACACGAAUACCAUGUUUUGUUAUUAGAUUAUAUAUAUUGGCGUUGUCUCCUGUCUGAUGGUCCAUUGGCGUUUUGAUUUCUAUACAUGUUUUGGCUUAACGAAACAUAUGACGUCUACGAAUAUUACACCGCUACUCUUGUUGGUCACGGAUAUACUAGGUCCAUUGUUUUGAUAUGUCUGCUUGUUUCGGUAUGCAUAGUGAAUUCAGGAC